UCGCGCUUGACUGUCAUUUACGGAGCAGAAAACCUGACUGGACCUAUAACGUUUUCAAAGAGAAAUAGUUGCGGUGUAAAUUUGUUUUGUUUUAUCUUGGAAAAGGUCACAGCAGUCAAAAGCAAGUUUAUUUUGGUAAGGGUGAGAGUUGGAAAGAGUUUUAUUCACAGGAGUCCCGUCGUGUUUGGUCUUAAAUAUACGUGGACGCUCCAGGAGUGCCAUUUUUCCUUAAGUUAUCUCUUCAUGUUUUAUGUUUUAAUAGUUUCUUCUUUUAUUUUACUAUUCUUUCGUUCGCUGGAGACUUUCUAACGGGAUUUAAACGCUAGCUAGUCUGUAAACUAGCUGUUUUCAGUGAAAAUGGGUUUACACCCGUUGGAGUUCAGUGAGUGUUACCUGGACAGUCCUGGUUUUCGAGAGAAAAUCAAAGCUCAUGAAGCCGAGCUUGACAAAACCAACAGAUUUAUCAAGGAACUGUAUAAAGAUGGAAAGAAUCUCAUCAAUGCCACAAAACAGCUCUCCUUGGCUCAAAAGAAGUUUGCUCAGUGCCUGGGUGAGUUCAAAUUUGAGUACAUCGGCGAUGCCAAAACAGACGAUGAAAAGUGCAUUGAUGAAUCCCUGCAAGAGUUUUCAUCCUUUCUUCGAAAUUUGGAGGACCAAAGAGAGCUAAUGAUGAGAAACAUCACAGAGACGCUGAUGAAGCCUUUAGAAACGUUUCGGAAAGAACAACUUGGUGCAGCAAAGGCAGAGAGAAAGAGGUAUGAGAAGGAAACAGAAAAAUACUACAGCUCACUGGAGAAACUUUUGAACUUGUCAGCAAAGAAGAAGGAGCCACAGUUACAGGAGGCAGAUGUGUCAGUGGAUGUGAUGAGGCAGCACUUUCAGGAGUCGUCUCUAGAGUAUGUUUGCAAGCUGCAGGAGAUACAAGAGAGGAAGAAGUUCGAGUGCGUUGAGCCUAUGCUGGCUUUCUUUCAGACUGUAUUUACUUUCUAUCAUCAGGGAUAUGAGUUGGCCAUAGACUUUGACCAUUACAAAAAAGCUCUUCAAAUAAAUAUUCAAAAUACACGGAAUCGCUUUGAAGGCACACGCUCCGAGGUGAACGAGUUAUUAAAGAGAAUCAAAGAGUCACCACUGGAGUACAGACAGACGAGCCCUAUUAGCAGCGAGGGCUAUCUAUACAUACAAGAGAAACGACCUCCUCCUUUCGGAUCCAGCUGGGUGAAACGAUAUUGUACUUUUGUUAAGGAGCAAAAGAUUCUUCACAUGAUUACGUUCGACCAGAGAUCAGUAGGGAAGCUUGGUGAGUCCGACUCUGUCACACUCAAGUCUUGUAUUCGCAAAACCACAGACACACUUGACAGGAGGUUCUGCCUUGACAUAGAGAUCACAGAUCGACCUGGCAUGGUGCUGACAGUCCAGGCACUCUCAGAAGAUGACUAUAGAUUCUGGAUACAUGCGAUGGGAGGAAAGGAGCCAAUGCAGUAUCUCAACCGGACACAUUCAAGAGAGAGAGGAAUUGAUGCCCAGCUGGAUGACAUGGGGAUAAGCUUUGUGAAAAAUUCAAUUAACGCCGUUGAAGCCAGAGGUAUAAAUGAUCAGGGUCUGUACAGAGUGGGAGGAGUCAGUUCGAAAGUUCAGAAGCUUCUCAGUUUAAUGAUUGAUGAGAAGAGCUGCGACAUAGAUUUAGCAGUCAGUGAGGACUGGGAUGUGAAGACGAUCACUAGUGCUUUAAAACUUUAUCUGAGGAGCCUCCCAGAGCCGCUAAUGACAUAUGAGCUGUAUAAGGAGUUCAUCGUCCCUGCAAAGAGUAGAAGUCCAGAAUCUAGAGUUCAGGCCAUUCAUUGUCUGGUUCAUAAACUGCCAGAGAAGAACAGAUUAAUGCUAAGUUUGGUUACCAAGCAUCUUGCCAAUGUUGCUGCCAACAGUAAGCAGAACCUGAUGACAGUGGCGAAUCUGGGCGUGGUGUUUGGGCCCACACUCAUGAGGCCACAGGAAGAAACCGUGGCAGCCAUCAUGGACCUUAAGUUCCAGAACAUUGUGGUAGAGAUUCUCAUCGAACAGCAUACAAAGAUAUUCGGGGAUGCUCCGAGCAUCUCUGCAACCUUAGCAAAUACACCCCUCUCCGCGCCCACCAGACAAUCCAAGAAGCUCAGCCGACAGAGUCGCCCGCUGGCUGUGUACAACCCACAGGUGCUGGAUAUUCAAGCAGCUGUCUCUCCUUCGGAGAGUCCAACCCUGGUUAAUGAUGAGACAUCAGCCGGUAGUAAUGAGUCGGUCUCCUCCCAGUCCUCUAACGCCUCUGGAACACCUCCUGAGAAAUCUAAGAAUCCUCUCAGCAACGUUACCAUGUCCCUACCAGAGAGCACGGGGUUAUGCUCUGCCACAGCAUCAUGGAUGAAUUCUGACUCCCAUGCGACGCACACACCGAUGAACCUCGAAACAGGGGGAACGGAAAAGAGUAAUCCCGCUGAAAGUGUCACCUUCAUGAAAGCAAAGGCUGUGUACCCCUGCGAGGCUGAACACGAUUCCGAACUCUCUUUCCAGAUCGGCGCAAUCUUCCAAGACGUGACUCUCUCCAGGGAGCCUGGAUGGCUGGAGGGUGUGCUGGAGGGAAAGCGAGGACUCAUCCCUGAAAACUAUGUGGAGAUACUGUAACUCAUAGAAGAAAAGUCCUCACACUUCACUUUAUAUACAUGGUAUCCAUGGUCUCGGUGGGUCUUUCACGAUCGCACUGCACAUCACUUUUCCAGCUCUCUCUGCGCUAAACAAUUCGAGAGGGUAUAUGUAUACUGAAUCUAAAACACAGAUGCUGUCACAGGUUUAAUUUCAAACUCAGAUUUGUUAUAUGCAUACAAAGAGACUGCACUUUUAGUCCCCUUGAGGUUAUUUAGAGCUUAGAAAUGUCAAAAUAGUUCUAUGUUGUUUGCGCUGUCCACUUUUGAAUUGCAUGAGUAGUUUGGGUUGAUAGAGGAGUAUCUUUUUAUUUAAUAUUAUCAUGUUGCAACACAUGCACAUGUGGGUGCAAAAUUAUGUGUCAUAAAAAUUAUCACAUAAUAAUCAAUUUUCUUGGUUUGUUGAAACAGAUGAGCGGCAAUAUUAGUAGCUACAGUAACAGUUAUUGAUAUUGGCUAUUUGAAAUGAAACACGCGAUUGCUUCGAGUUAAGGAGGAUGAUGUGGUGCCUUCAUUUUGCAUGGGACAUGUGACGCUGUUCAAAUGUUUAUCAUGUUUUAUAUUCUGUACAUAAGCUUUAAUGUUUUUAAAAACACAUGUAACAGUGACAUCAAAUAUUGCCAAGUCUUACAUCUGUGUGUAUGUGUAAAAUUAUUUUCCAAAAACACAAAAGCCUUGACUUUUGUGUUCUCCAAAGUGGUUCAAUGUGUUAAGUUACAAUGCGCUCUUUCCAAAGACUUUCACUGCAGGUGUUUAAUGAUAUCACUUUUAGUUUUCUAAGAGCCCUUGUUCCUGAGGUUCAUAUUUGUGACCGAGUGGUGAUUUAAGACAGUGGUUUACGACAACUGCAAAGGUCUUGGCAUCAAUAUCAUGUUUGUGAUGUUUGAACAUCUAUGAAUCAAUGUUAAAUAAAUAAAGUGGUUAUUCUUA